GUCUACUGCUUGUGUACAGUGUAUUUUGUAAAUAAACGUAAUGGAUACUUCGUUUUUGUUUUCUUUCACUCUCUGCCUGAAAUAUUUUUUUGUAUAAUUGUAACUGUCUUGAAUAAAUAGGUUAUUCUCUGUAAAGUCAACAUUAUCGACUUUAAGGACGACUGAAUGUACGUAAACAUUUCUGGACAGUGCCUAAUCAGCUGAUCGAGUAAACCAACGGAAAUAUAUUUUGGUUUUAACGACAUGUUAUUUACUCAUGCCCAAACCCACAUAUUAUCUUUUUAAAUUAUAAUGCGAGGUCUUUUUUUAAAAAUGAAAAGUUUGGCUGAAAAUAGUGGUCGUGUGCUUGUGUGCAGUUGCUACAGCGAAGUGUGCUCAGGGGCGUAUCACAUGAUGUCUUUUAGGUUAUGUUUACUGAGUUCGUGUGAUUGAAUAUGGUGAUCAUUAAGUUCUGUCUUUUUAACAGGUGGACAAGUUAAAUGCAUACAUAAUGAGUUGGUUUGAUGCAACUGGAUUUGCAAAUCUCGCUAAAUCUGCUUUGAAAGAAGCUCAGAAAACUAUAGAUAAAGCACUUGAUAUCAAGGAUGAAGACAGUCAUCCCAUGAUACAAAGCAAACCAACUUCACCAAUUAGCCCUAAAGAUGAUGCAGACAAUUUCUUUGCAUCUUGGGGUUUGAAGUCUAGUGGAGAAAAUGAGACAUCCAGUAUGUCAAAUGAGCAUUUGAAGGCUGGAUCAUCAUGCAGUACGGAUGCUGAUCAGGAGUCAUGUAAAGAAGCAUCAUUGGGAUUAAACAGAAUGUCAUUGAGUUCUAGUCUGUGGGGUUCCUUUACAGGAUCCUUUUUUGAAAAUCCACGAUCAAGCUCAGGUGGCUGUGUACCACAUAAAUUGGAUGAUGGGGAAUCAGAUCCUGUUUUCAAGCAGCCCAAGAAGAUAAGUCUUUUUCGAACUUCUUCUCUGAAUCAGGACCCAGCUACAUCAGAGAAGGAGAGGACUUUAGAUAGGAAAAGUAGCUGGGAUCAUGCAGAUUUGUUCAAAACUUCGGACAAUGAAGAGGUUGGACUCUGCGAUGAUUUUAGUGAAUUGGGAGUUGAGGAAGGUUUCAAUCGGAGUAAACUGGUUGUUGAGAGUGAAGAUGGAGAUAUGGGGGUUCGUUCUAGGCUGUCUAGUUGUGAGGCUGAUGAAGAGCGGACUUUUGAAGGGGAGAAUUUUGGUAGAGUUCGGAGUAUUGAUAUUUCUGAGGUCAACAUGGAGGAAGGCGAAGCAAGGGAAACAUAUGCACAGGAUACAUUAGCUGUAACUCAAGACAGUUGUGUUCCACUAGAGAUCGUAAAAAGGAGAGAACCUUCAACAGCUGGGAGCUGCAAAUACAACAGACUGUCUGUGAUUUCAUCAGAAAGUGACAAGAAGUCCUCAGAGAGUGUUGAGGUGCUAGGUUCAGCAUGUAGUGAGGGAGGUAGCAGUUUCACCACUUCUCCUGAAACAGAUCUACCACUGGUCAGUCCUGGGAUGUCAGCAUCAUCAUCAGCGAUUGGACUGGGAUUGUCAGUGGAAGCCAGUUCACCAGACUCAGUAGAAGUGAUACCAGAUACACCCAGUUCUGUGGAGAUCAUUGGAGAAGAAUCCAGUGGUCGAGCAUCUAGGACUACUAUGUCAUCUUCACCUUAUGUUUCUCCAGAUGAUACUCAAGAUCCAUCCAGAAUUCUUGCCAUUGUUACUCAGCCAAAUUCAGAACAGAUCUCACUUGCUCUGGACAGGUACCAGCAGCAAGAAAGAAAAUAUGAUGUAGACAAAGUAUCACCAGAUAGUGUGGAAGUUAUACCAGAAGAAGAAGAUGAUGAAGAAGAUAUGAGUGUUGCAGAUGACAGCUACACCUCUGCAUCGGAGAGUACCACAACUGCCACUACAACCAUCAUAGAACAACCUCCUGUCCCAUUUACUUCUGGAGGAAAGACAGAUUCUGAUGUGUCCAGGUCUCCACAUCACAAGCCAUACUCUGUAGCUGAGCCAUCCUCUAGCAAUGAGAGCUCUCUGUACUCUAGUACUGUCAGUGUUAAAACUGAUUCAGGAGACAUGAAGUCACCUCUUGCAAGUACCAAAUCUUCACAACAUAGUUUGUCACUGCUAGAUUCAUCUUAUAAUGAGAGUUUAAUUUCAACAGAAGUCCAAUCAAAAAGCAAGGUUGAAGAGCCAGUUUUAACACAUGGUAGUGGCAGAACUGGCCUGACACUGCUACUGACCCAUGGGGAUGUGGCUCCAGUAACUGCAUUGGUAUCAACAAGUGAAGAAGGGGCUGUGUUUCUGGACAGUCAGACAGAGAGUGAUGAGGUGUCAUGUAAGGUUGGAACCUGUGCCAAUGAUUCUUCUAAUGAAGAAGGAAGUUCCCUGUUGUCAGAUAGUCGAACAUUAAUACCCACAGACAGCAGCUGUGAUGGUACAUCUGCACUGGAGAGUAGCUCUGAAGAUACUACGGGUACCGUGGUGGCCGAUGAUUCAUCAAAUGAAGGAAAUUCGAAGCUGACACUCCAGCAGACAAGCUCAUACUAUGUGAAAACGAUGUUAGCAGAUGCAAUGGGAGAAGAAGUUGUGAAAGAAUCAGGGACAGAACAGUUGAUUCCAGCCAGGGACCAAUCACCAAUAUCCUCAGAGAGCCACUCUGAUAUGGUGAAAGUCGAGUCAGAACAGACCAGUGGUCACACAUCAGGUGAUGAACUGGAGACUACCACUUCUUCAGAUAUUGAGAUUAUUUCUAGUCCAAAUGGUGACAGCAGUAGCACCCAGUCACGCCAGAGUCCAGCCAAACUUCUUCAUAGUGCAACAAGAGGAAAGUUAGUGUUAGCAGCAGAACGCUCGGAUUCCCCUGGCACAGAUCCACUGGGAAAGACAGCAGGCGGAAAAAUUAAAGGCCAUCAGAGAGAGUUAUCUGAGACAUCUAGUGGAGGGUCGGAUGACAGUCAUUGUUCAGAAGUUGAAAAAUUGACGAAGAGGAUAGCAGAAAUGACAGAAAUUCUAGAAGCUAGAGAGUUGAAACUGAUUGAAAUAAGUCGCAUAAAUGUGGAACUUGAAGAGAGUAAUUCAGAUUUGAAAAGUCAGCUGGAGGCCACAAUGCAGUCACAAGCUGCAGAAUCUCAGGAUAUACAUCAGAUCACAGAAGAAUAUACGCAGAGAUUGUCAACACUGGAACGCAAGUUUCAGCAGGCUAUAAGAGAGAGAGAGACACUUUGGAAACAGCUAGAGCAAGCAAAGCAAGAUGCAGCAUCGAGGCUAUCAAUGGGAGAACUGGAAUCUUUGGUGGCAGAGAAAGACGAGAUAAUACGAGAGCUGAGAGAAGAAGGAGAGAAGUUGUCCAGACAGCAGCUACAGCACUCCAACAUCAUCAAAAAGCUGCGGGCAAAGGAGAAGGAGACCGAUAAUAUAAUGAAGAACCAGAAGGAGCAGCUGGAUGUAUUGAGUGAAGAGGUGGAGCGACUAAAACGUUCACUUGCUGCCAAAGACGAGGUAGAAAGGACACAAAUUGAAGCCGUUCAUCAGCUGACAGCCCGCACAAAACGCCAGGAGAAGGAACUUUUGAGCCUGCAUGGAGAGCUAGAUGAUGUUAACCACAAACUGGAAACUACCAGGGAAUCACUUGAACUAACUAAAAGGGAACUGGCUGAGAGCAAGAAGGCGGCUGCUGCUCUCGAAAAGAAACUGAGGGAGGCAACACUGAGUGUGGAGAUCUCUGCUAGACAGGAAUUAGUGACCGCACUAGAAGAGGCUCAGCAAACCGCACAGGAUGAGAAGGAACAAUUGUUGGCACAGAUUGGAGAACUGAGACUCAAAGUUCGUCAGGCUGAAGAGCAGCACUCGGAGCGUGAAGCAAACCUCAGACAAGAAUGCAAUGAUCUGUUGCGUCGACUAGAACGAGCAGAGGCACGGAAUGAGGAACUGGCACAAUCAGCAUCAGGAGCAACCCGACCUUUGCUGCGACAAUUGGAAUCAGUUCAGGCAGCCAACAGUGCUCAACAGGCCUCCUGGGAGAAGCAGGAACGUAACCUUUCAGAUGCUUUGAGUGAAAUGCAGGGUCGUGUGUCUUCACUGGCAGAGCAGGAGCGAGUGUCUAGGGAACAGUGCAUAAGGUUACGCUCCACUGUGUCUGCCUUGGAGUCACGGCUAGCAGCAGCAACAAAAGAGACUGCUCAGUAUAAGACAAACCUAGAGCUUCAGCAAGUACAGUGCAACCAACUGAAACAAGCUAAGGAAAAAGAACUGUCGGGGGCGGAGUCCUUGAGGCAGUGUAUGACUGAGCAACUUGCUGAGCUGCGGGGUGAAGUAACAGCCCUGGAACACCAGCUGGCAGUGGAACGUGCAGCCACUGAGGCUGAGAAACGCAGGACAGCGCUUUUGCAGGACCAGCUUAGGGAACGAGAAACUGCUACUGAUCGAGAUCGCCAUGGUACACGUGGCUCUCCUACAUCACCACACUCUUCUCCCACCCUCAGCUUUGGUCGGGUCUCGUUAUCUGAGUCCGUGUCAAGCAGCGCAUGGCCACAGUUUCAGGAUGAUGCGUUUGAGUGUGGGUCUGUGUCGGGCCGGUACAGCAAUGUCUAUGACAGCCUGCGAGCUGGCAAUACCACGUCUCUAUUGGAGGGACUUCAGUCUCAACUCAAAUUGCGGGAUGGAGAAGUGCAGCAGUUACAAUGGGAAAUGUCGAGGAGAGAUGCAGAAAGAAGUGCUCUGACGAGUGAACUGUCUCAGCUGACCGCACGAGUUGAGGAACAGGAGGCUUCCCUGAAGGAGGCAGAAAUGAUGCGCCGUCAGUUCCAGGACCUUCAGCAUAAGUAUGAUGCUUUGCUGCAGAUGUAUGGUGAGAAGGUGGAAGAAACACAGGAGCUGCUGCUCGACCUGGAGGAUGUCAAGGAAAUGUAUAAGACUCAGAUCGAUCAGCUGCUGAAGAAGGAGCCUGCAGUGUGAACUCCGCAUGUAUUUUGACAUAGGAAAGGAACUAGUAGAUUUGUGUCCAGCAAAUUAGAAGGUUAGACAGACAACCACUGUGUUUAUUCCUGGUUAUGGAUUUGCUCACUAAGGUAUUACCAUAGUUAAAAUAAAAUAUGUUUUAUCUAUAAGAAUUGCCAUCAGCAGAGUUUUAUUGGCCUAGUGAUAAGAUCUAAUAAUAGUAAAACGUUUGGCUUGCUUUUUGUUUCAUUAUUUAUGUUCUGUUCUAAGAUUGUACAUGUUGCACAGGAGAGAACAAGGGUAGGCUUAUCGUGAUUGAACGUGUGACAAGAAAGGAAAAGAGCAUCUGUAUUUAACUGUCUUUUUUGAUGGAGUAUCAUCUGUGAGAUACAAAAUAUGCAUUGCAGUUUCAUGAAAAAAUGAACAGUAAUUUCUUCUAUUACUUCCACGUUUGCACUUUCAACUCAUUUUUUUGAGAUAUAAUUUUAUUUUACAUAAAUUCUGCUGUUGUGAAAAAAUUUACCAUGCCAACAUUUUCAGUGCCACACAUUUUGAAAUUGUUCCUAUUUAUAAUGCUAAAAAUCAAUGCUAUAAGUUCACAUAAAAACGAACUGCCCAAUGAAAGAGUUAAAUUUUUACAUAGUCACGUAUAAGGUGUUUUCUCAAAUGCUUUGCAGCUGCAGGUGAAUUUCGUGUGGUAAAGAGGUCAGACUUUGUCAACCCUUCCUAACAGUUAAGAUUCUUUUGUAUUUCUUUGCUUUACCACCAGCUCUCCACACUCUGUUAAAAAUUUAGAAUUGUCAUACUUUUUAACCAAAACCAUUUCUCCAAAUUUUAAAACACCGGUGGUCUGACCACAUUUACACAAUGGACACGCAGAAAUAAUAUUGUGAAUGCAGUUUGAAAUGUAAGAUUUCCUUUGGCCCUCAUAUACGUGACCGACAAACACUGUUUGCCUUUCUCAGUCCCUACUUGAACAACAUUAUCGUAACUAAGAAUAUAAUGAUGAGUUACUAAAGGAGACUCCUGCUGCACUGCCACAAAGUCAUUAACUUUCUUCUAUAUGUCCUAAUUCCCUAGCCUACUUCAGACAAGUUAAUAAGUGAAAGCUGCAAUAUGCGGCACUGGAUCACCCAGAAAGUCCAUGUUUCUCUGAGUAAAUUCACACAAAUAGACAAUUAAGAGAGUGAUAUGAAAAUGUGUACAUAAUUCAGUGUUCUGAAUAUGAUGAUUAAAAGACUGAAAUUUA